AUGUCUAAAUCAAACAUUCAGACACAAUUGACUCAAUGGGUAUCAAAAAAAGCUGAAAAGCGUUGUUGUGAUGACAGCACUGGACCCAUCACGAAAAAACUUCAUACAUCUGAUCCACAAUCUUCCAAUUCAAAGAAUAUUAUUCCAAUUGAAUCAUCUACACUGACACAAAAUGAUGAAUCUACUAAAUUAAGUAAAACUACUUGUAACAGUGCAGUUUGUGAUGACACAUACAACAUGGACAUUGGAAACUUUUUAAGAACACCCGGUCGUACAUUAUCUGAUAAUAUUAAAGAAAAAAUAAUUAAUAUGGAUAAUAUACCACCUGAUGACUUCAUAUAUCCAUUUACUAUGAAUAUUAGAAAUGGUAAGAAUGUGAAAAGAUCAUUAAGAAAAAGUUAUUUCGAACAAAACAAAUGGCUAAUUUAUUCUCAUAUUAAGUCCGGUUUGUUCUGCAAGUAUUGUGUUUUAUUUAGCAAUAAAGGAUGA